AUGUUACACUCCAGAAGGUCGCGGGAAAGCAAGGCAAUAGAUUCAGAGGCGAUGGCUGCUGCAGCAGCCAUUGGGAGAGCACUUGAUAACAGGGGAACCCGGGUGGAAGCAGACAAGUUACCGCGCUACAAUAGCUCCUCACGUUCAAAUUCAAUGGUGCGCUCGAUGUCAAUGAGUGGUAGACAAAAUAGCUUACGCACCAAGCGGAAUUCGGUUCGCGCGUCGAGUUUGCAAGGAUACAAGCCAAAAGUUAGGAACAGUAUUGACGAAAGUGAGUUUUUCGACGCGCAAGACACAUUUCAGCAAUUUGGUGGGCCACAAGCACAAACAAAGCCGGCGACAGUCAAAAAAUACGUGCCGGGGCCAACAGGGUUGAAAUUGGUCGAAGUUCCAGUUACAGAUGUGAAGCCACCUUCUAGUAGGCGCUCAAGCCUCACCAGACGUUCACCUUCACUCAUUAGUGUUCUCAAUUCCCGCAAUGAAUCUUUGCGUAGCAGUUCUUUGCGAAACAACUCCAUGCGGCGUAAAUCGUCACUCAACUCACAGUCUUCAGACUCAAGAGCCAUUGUACAAGAAAAGGUUGCUGUGCGUCAAAAGUCCGAGACUCCAAGUAGUCCACUUCGAAACUCAAACACUCGUAACACGUUGCUGCAACAUUCUUUCAAAGAAGAAACAGACGAGCAGCUUCAAAAUGAUAGUGCCAUUAAAGAUACUGUCAACCCCAUAGUGAUGCCUUCGUCAGCAUCAAACUCGUCUAGACCCAAGAAAGAGACAUCCAAAUUGGAUUCUGUGGCGCUAGAGACUUCCAACACGGUUCAGUCCAAGAACAACACACCUCCAUCACCACCAAAUAUCCUAAUUUCGCCUCCAGGUGAGGAGAUCUCGGACGAACUUCAAAUUGGUGUCGUUCCGAGCCCAGGUCUUGCGAGUACAACUAGCGAUGCACCUGCACCUAUGAAAACAGUUGAGGAUGUCAUCAAUGAAGACAAUAUGGCAGGUGCGACUCCAGUAUCUGAACAAGUUCAGCCGGAUUCGGCUCCUAGCCAAAAUGUCAUCAAAGAACAGGGAGAAUCAGGCAACAGUAUGGCCAAGUACAUUAGGUCUGCUAACAAAUACCUGAACAAAGCUCAUGAAGCAACCAGUGAUGAGACUGCGAGUUCUCAAGACAGCACUUUGGUGGGCCGUAAUGAUGGAGCGUUAACCGCCCCCCACGAUCCACAUUCAACAGGGAGAAAUGCUUCUCCAAUGAAAUCAGCGCUCAAGCGGUCUACAAGCAACAAUUCUGGUAACGACCAUUACCAUCACGAUUCAAAUUCCACCGCCAAUGACGCUUAUGUGUCCUUAGCAACAGCACAAAACACGAGGCUGAACGCGCAGCUGGCCAAUGAGCCGAACAAGCGUCAACCAUCUGUGCGUAAAGCGAGACCUCAGUCUAUGACAAAUGGAAAAGCUUUGAAAAGGGACGAGACAACAAAACAAAAACAUCACUCAUUUCAAUCACUGCCGCAAUCGGAAAUCCAGCCGCCUGCAAGAUCUCAAAGGCGUCCGGACUCAUCAAGAAAGAACACAAGGACCAAAGCCGCUGGUGGAGCGAAGGGACAGUCUCGUAAUACUGACUCAAUUUUCUACCCACCAGAGCCACCACAGAAGCGUUCGAGCUUUGAGAGAGAAAGACCCAAUCAAUCUCACAUGGGUUUUAAGAAACUAUCACUUAGAGACUCAACUGCUGAUAUACUGAAUGACGACGCGCCUGCCGCUAACAAUACUAGUUUUACGCCGACGAAAGGGCAAGGUGCUAGCAUACCUUUUCAAGCGGCUCUUUCCUCGGGCGAGAAAUGGAACUCGAGAUUCCAAGAUUCCGAUUCUGAAGACGAAGGAUCCGCGCUUCCACCGCCACGGGUAGCGGCUGUCAAUCCUCCUGCAAAAACGGGUGUGUUCUCAAAAAAGAACAAAAACACGGCCGUGUUUGAGCCACCACAACCCCGUUACGCCCAGUCUGCAUCUGUUCCAAAUUCGAAACACAAUACACCCAAUAAAAAAUUCAGCUCUCUGUCUCUCAGGUCUGCGAGCAGUACCGUUAAAGCCUCACCAGCAAAGACUGACAAUAACUUGAGUAACCGCUUUUUGAGUGAACAACUUCCUCCAGGAGGAGGGCAUGAGGAGGGCAAACCGAUAAAAAAGCAGAGCUUUGGUAAGAAGCUGAAAAAGCUAUUUGGUAGAAAGAAAUAA